AUGAGAUACUCGAGGAAGUGCACCGAGCAUGGCCCUCCCGACCCCAUUCUCGAUGAAUACGAAUGGGUUGCGAUAAGAGUCUUUAUAAUAUAUGAUGUAGAUGUAUGUUUACUUCAUUAUGAAAGACCGUCUAGGUCUAGUUUCAACCGAUCUAUUUUGUGUCUUUGCAGCACUUCUAAAAUGAAUCUGUAUCCGAGGAUGGUCCGAAAAUCUACUCGUAUUAUUUAUCAUUUUUUCAGCUUCGUCAGGCAGUAUUUCUCAGGUCCUCGCACCUCUCUUUUUAGUCCACGUCGUCGAAAACGUUUCCCGCUAUAUGAUUCGAGCAGUUAAUUAAUAAAGAACGAGAACAAGAAGAUGGAAGAUUGAGAACAAGCACAAGUAGUAGAAGGCCGCGUUGCAAGAGCUAGUACGAGUUCUACUAGUUUUGGCGUAGUCUAGAAGAAGAGUAUGCCUUUCUUCUUGGAAUAUUACUAAUAUCGAACAAAAGUAGAAGUACUUAAUAUUACUAGUUUUUACCAUAAUAAACACGUAGAAGACCGACGUACAAGAUUACCAUGCCCCACACAUCCAUCAUCUCUCCACGAUCUUCUACUCUAUGAUGGAAGCAAGAACAGAAUUGCGAGCAUUUAUGACAAAUAAGUGGACAACAUCGAAUGCGCAUCUCGCUGUGAAGUCAAUGUUUCACGACCCAGUGCCCUCGAUCCAAGUCAUAAGAAUCAAAUGUCGACCUCGACGGCCGCCGCUGUGAUACGGG